UUUCAACAACCGGACUCUGACGAGCUCCUUUAUAAAGCCGUUUCUAUGCCACAUGCGUUUGUAUCUCCGCCUAUACGUAUAGAGGGCUACAGAGAGAGAGAAAGAGAGAGAUGGGGAGUGUCGGAGAGAUAGGCGGAGAUGAAGCUUUAUUCGACGUGGAUGAGACGAUCUUCGUGGCAGUGGCGGAGGAUGUUGAGAGGAGCAAAACGACGGUGCUUUGGGCGGCGCGAAACUUCUCCGGCAAGAGGAUUUGCUUGAUUCAUGUUUACCGUCCGGCUCGGCCCCCGCCGUGGAACAAGAAACUUGUUGCUGGUAAGUUUAAACAGCAUUCUGUCAUGGUGAUUGAGAACGACGAGAGCCAAAAAGUGGACGAGCUUAUGGAUUCUUAUCUUCGCCUUCUAUCUGAAUCUGAGGUUCGAACAGAUAAGUUGUGGAUUGAGAGGCCAAAUAUUGAGGAAGGUAUUGUUGAACUGAUUGCUCAGCACAAGAUUAAGUGGUUCGUAAUGGGAGCUGCAUCAGAUAAUCAUUAUUCAUGGAAAAUGACUGAUUUGAAGUCUAAGAGAUCCACGUUUGUUUGCCAAAGAGCACCUGUUUCAUGUCAUAUCUGGUUUCUGUGUAAAGGUUACCUUAUCUUUACAAGGGCAACAAAUGAAGAAAGUGCUAACAGGGAAAUGAUGCCUCCUCUACUACAGCCAGUUUCAGAUACUGGGACCAGGGAAUCAGAAAACUUGGAAUCUUCUUAUAUGAUGAGAAGACUAAGAUAUUGGCGUAGUCUCCUUGAACAAGAUGCUGAUAAAGACACUUGUGAAUUGGAGAAAGAGACAUGGGAUUCUAUUCGUCAUUUUUCUUCGGGUUCAGGUUCCUCUGUUGGCUCAGAUUCAGUGACUACGUUAACCGUUGAGGAGAUGAAGUGUGAACAAGAUACGGUACACAAAGCUCAUCGUAAGUAUGAUAAAAUCAAUAACGCUGCUGGCCAGACAGAGGGAACUGUCUAUGAAGAAGCUAGAAGCGAGUGGAAGGAUGAUGGCAGUACCAUGGAGGCUAUAUGCAAGUCCAAAGCCUUGGACAACUUAUGCAUGAAGGAGAUGAGCCGAAGAAAAAAGCUGGAAGAAUUGCUGGGAAGGGAGAGAGAAGAAGUUAAAAAGGUAAAGGACCAGUAUGACGAAUUCAUGAAAGAACUCCAGAUGGUUCAGGGCCAGAAUCUACAGCUGGAGAACCAAAUUCGCAAAAUUGGAGAUAUGGAAAAAGAAUACGAUGAAAAUUUUGUGACAGCUAUGGAGCUCUUUAAAAGCUUCAAGCAGAAAAGGGAUGAGAGGCGGAUAGAGCACGCGAAAGCGGUGAGAGAGGUGAAUGCAUUGAGGAAACCGGUAAAAGGGCAGUCUGUAAUUUCUCGUGGAACAAAAAUUCUCAAGUAUUCCUUCAUGGAACUCCACGAGGCCACUAACGAAUUUGACUCAUCCUGGAAACUUGGAGAAGGAAAAUACGGAGGCAUCUACAAGGGGUAUCUUCAACAUCUUCAAGUUGUUGUAAAGAUGUUGCCCUUCUAUGGCUUCCAGACUCACUUGGAGUUCCAGCAUCAGGUGGAAAUUCUAAGCAGGGUGAGGCAUCCGAAUCUGGUAAUGUUUAUGGGGGCUUGCACGGAGUCACGGUCCCUCGUUUAUCAGUAUAUUGAGAAUGGCAGCCUCCAAGAUCAUCUAUCCUCCAGACACAACAUUCCCCCGCUCUCAUGGGAGACUCGGAUCAGGAUUGCCUCGGAGAUUUGCUCCGCCCUCUUGUUUCUUCACUCCAACAUGCCCUGCAUCAUACAUGGAAACCUGAAACCCUCCAAGAUUCUCCUUGAUUCCAAUCUCGUCACCAAGAUCACCGGCAACGGGGUUUCUCAGUUGAUUCCUCGAUCUAACGUCGACAAAUCAGUUCAUACAGAUCCAAAUUUCUCUGUCUCUGGACGAUUGACACCAGAAUUAGAUGUAUACUCAUUCGGGAUCAUUCUCCUUCAGCUGCUUACCAAGAGACCUGUUUCAGGGAUACUAAGAGAAGUCAAAUGUGCCUUAGAAAAUGAUACCUUGUGUUCGGUCCUGGAUAGUUCAGCCGGAGAAUGGCCUGUUGCACUUGCCCGAAAGCUGGCUAAUGCGGCAAUGCACUGCUGUAAAAGGAACCCUUUGAAUCGACCAGACCUGUCAGUGGUUCUGCGGGUGAUAGAGCGGAUGAGGGUUCCGCCAUCAUCUUCAUACUCUGACCACAAAGCUCGCCGUCGAGCCCCUUCUCACUUCCUCUGCCCCAUUUUUCAGGAACUGAUGAAAGACCCGCUGAUAGCAGCGGACGGAUUCACGUAUGAAGGGGAAGCAAUCCGAGAGUGGUUAGCGAAAGGGCGCGGCACUUCCCCGAUGACAAACGUCAAGAUGGAAGACUGCAACCUCAUCCCUAACCAUGCCCUCCAUCAAGCCAUCCAACGCUGGCAAAACCAAUGGUGAAAUUUAUAUAUAGUAUGACGUUCCUCUCUUAAUAUACACACACACACGCACACAUGGAAACCCCUAUUCUUCAUAGACAUUGAUAUGAGCACAUAAUUUGUAUUCUCUCUGUAAAACCCUAUGGUCUCAAUCUUUGCAUUAUUACCCUAACAAAUCGCAUACUUAUUAUGUAUAACGUUAUGUAUUUAUCUCAGAUGUCUACAACAUGUCUGAUUCUUUUUGGAUCAAAAGAUUCAUUUUGCCUUUGGCUUC